UUCUACCAACAUGGUUGCCGAAGAACGCCUUGGACCAUAUUCUUCAGGAUAUUUCAAUUUCAAGUAUUUUGCAACAAGUUUCGAGACAGCGCUGAUGCAAGCCGCAAUUGUUUUCCUCCUAGUCCUUAAAACGACUCUUGCCAGCGCCAGUGAGUUCAAUCUAGGCGAUUUAGGAGAUAGUCAUGGAUGGGGAGAGGACGCUCAUUCCACAGUGGAACACAAAUAUGACUAUACUCCCACUAACACUAUAGAACAUACAAAACCGGUUCACAUACCAGUAAUUAAGAAGACGGGAGUACCACAUCCGCAUCCAGUGGGAGUACCCGUACCACAAGUAGUAAAAGUUGGAGUCCCUCAACCUUACCCAGUUCAUGUUAACGUGCCUCAACCUGUUGCAGUUCCUAUUUACAAAUUGGUACCGCAAGAAAUCGAAAAGAAAGUACCAAUUCACGUAAACAAGUUAGUACCAGUUUACAUUAAAAAACCAUACCCGGUAGUUUUGGAAAAACAUUAUCCUGUUUACAUCGACAAACCUUACCCAGUACAUGUGCCGGUAUACAAGCACGUGUAUCAGGAAUCCAAAAAGAGCUAUAGUGGAUUUGAGAAACACCAUCAUUAGGGAAAAGAAUGAGGACUUUAACUUAUUAUGUGACUGUUGUUAUUGUUUUUUGUUAUAUAUGUUUUAUCUAUUAAGUUGUUAUUUUUUUUAAUAAAAUAUUC